AAUGCAUUAGUUCUUUAGAUGAUGUUAUGUGGAAUUCUCUAGUUUCCUUUACAACAGUGCGAAUUUCUUGAUUAUGAUAUAUGUGGUUGCACAAAAAUUAUAAACCCUUGCUUUUUUAUUUAUUGUCCAAUUUCUUAAAUGAAAAAUGAAUUGUAGCUCAGAUCUCUUUCUUUUUCCUUUUUAUCUUUCUCCCUUUGGACCGGCAGUUCUUAAUCCAAUAUUGAAGCUUGUGUCUGGUUAUGGUGAAAGACAUUGAGCAGAAUAACCAGAUAGCACCCAGAAUUUUCUCUCUCGCGGGGUCAUUUACAUAUACCAAGGAGGAGAAAGACAAUUCAAAGAAACAAUCACAAUGAUGAGAUAAGUAAAUGAUGAUUAUAAUGUCAAGUUCAAGAGAAGAUUCUCAAGCCAAGCAAGAGGGUGACACCAAUAGUAUCAAGUUCUCCAAAGCAUCAUCUACCACUUCAAGACAAUGGUCAGCGUUCAGAAAUCCAAGAAUUGUGAGAGUGUCACGUUCUUUUGGAGGAAAAGAUAGGCAUAGCAAGGUUUGCACCAUAAGAGGGUUGAGGGACAGAAGGAUUAGGCUCUCAGUCCCCACAGCAAUUCAGCUAUAUGAUCUUCAAGACAAGCUUGGGCUAAGCCAACCUAGCAAAGUGAUAGAUUGGUUGCUUGAAGCCACCAAAUUCGACAUUGACAAACUCCCUCCACUUCAAUUCCCUCAGGGUUUUGCUCAAUUUCAUCAUCCACAAACCCUACUUCCCUUUCAUGGAUCAAGUGCUGCAUCUCAACUUUCACUUGGACCCUUAUGUGAUGCUAGCUCCACAUUAGUAAGGGAUGGGGGAAUUCAAAACCUCAUGGCAAAAUCAAGGUAUUGGGAAAAUAUGGAUUCAAUAUCAAGGUUGAAAGGCAAGGAAGCUGAAAAGGGCAAGUGGAUCAAAACAAAUGAGCAAGAGAAUCAAGAUGGUUACAAUGACUUGCAAGUUUCUACUCAGAGGCUUUUUCCAAUGGGUAGUAGUGCUACCACUACUCACUCUCUUUUACCUGGUUUGUUAAACAACACUAUGUCAUAUAACUCCUACAAUUCUGAGCCUUCUAGUUUGUCUUUAUCCCAAUUUGGAAGCCAUGGAUUUUUCCCUUCUCAGCAGGUAGAUCCAAAUAAUCCAAGCAAUGGUAAUGGUGUGCAAUUCCCAUCUUCUUUGCCAUUGCCACCAUCUGGUUCUCAAUUUUUGUUUGGUUCAUCUUCUGCUACACCGUCAAUUUUCACUACCUAUGCUUCGUUUACAACACCUUCAGUAGACAAUGAUCCUAGACAGUUCAACCACAUUCAGUUCUUGAACUCAGGUUCUCAACUCUUGCCUCAUCAUCCUCUCAUUCCAUCUCUUCACUCGUUCAAUUCACCUGUCAGACCCUUCCCAGCAACACCCUUUAGUUCAAAGCUUUUGGCUUCAGAUAGCAACAACGACAACAGUCGUAGCCAACAAGACAAGGGUAGCACUUCUUGAAUCUCCUCACCACUGUCCUUCAUCAGAUGUUAGGUUGAUAGCUCUAUAUUGCAGACCUUAAUAUUAUGCAAAGGAAGUGAGCAAGUAUUCUUCAUGUAAUCACUCAAGAAGUUAAAGCACAUUAUAUUUUAUAGGCUUUCAACCAAGGUAAGUACAUUCAAGUAUGGCAAUUGCUAGCUAUACCUAUGGGAUGAAUAUAUUUUGUACUUGAAUCUUUGAGAUUUCCUCUAUACCUUGUUGAAAAAUCAUUCUGGGUACAAGUAAGAAUAAGUACCAACCUAAAUAGAGUUCUUUUUCUUGUAUGCAUAUAUAUGAUUUCCAUCAUUUGAUUUAA